AUGGAAUACCUGCAACAAAUGAACUACUUGCAUUACAAGGAAGAGGAUCUGGACUGGAUGAGGUUAUCAGCGAGAUGGAGAUCUCUGGAUCAGGAUACGUUGAAACUACAAACAACGAAGAACUACACAAUGUGUGAUUUGUUUCCAAUUUCUGCGCAAGAUGACACGACCCACUCGGACUCUGACUCCUCUCUGGGGAGCAGUAUUAUCGUCCUGCCUUGUUUCACACCAGACGGGCAGCUGACAGAUGAAGUGUCCCUGAACCCAGGAUCUGACAGUGAACUCAGAUCCAGCUCUCCCGGCAGCUCUGUAGUGGUUGUUGAAGAGUCUGACAGUGAAGUCAGAGUCAGGACCCUCAGUUCACCAGGCAGCUCCGUAGUAGUUGUUGGUGAGAGUUGUGAUGAGAGUGUUGGAGAGGUGGAGACGAAGGUGAAGGAGGAGACAAAGGGAGUCCUCUGUGGUCCUGAGUAUGAGGGUCUGUUUACUAACGGAACCAAUCUUUGUGACUCUGAAGAUGAAGGACUUUACACGGCGGCAACUGAACUUUGGCUUAGUUCCACAGAUCAGUGUCCUAUAAAGAGAAGAAGAGUUCACUCAGAACCAAGCCCGACUCUCCUGACGGCAGGACUCACCCACUCAGCUCUGUUUGAUCAGCUUUCUGAUUUAGUGGGAGUGCAGCAGACUUCUAACUGGGGUAGUGUCUCUCCCUCCGUCCCCACUCUCAGUGGGCCGAGUUGGGGCAGUGAGCAGGGGUCAGUGUCUGGAGCUCCCCCUCCCAGCACUGCUUCUGAUGACGUCACUAAUCAAGGUGACGUCACUUCACCUCCCAGAACCACCUACACUGAUGAAGUGCUGAAUGGGGUAUUUCAAGGUAUUCUGGAAAACAUCAACGCUUACCAUGAAGAGUAUGAGAUCUUGGCAGUUGCUAUUAGAAGGCUUGUGGAGGACAACGAAAACAUCAGGGGUAAAGUGUAUCUGCUGGAGUGGGAGUGUGAUAACCUCCGUCAGGAAGCUCUCUCCAACAGAAUACUGAUAAUAAACGUUCCUACCAAGCUGUCCCCUGGGAAGCUGAGGGAACUGGUGAUAAGAGUAGCUCAUCGAGUGGGCGUGUUCCUAGAGUCGGAGGACAUUAGGGACGUGUUCUAUCUCUUCAGGAGACCGAGUCGUACGAGUCCAGUAAUUGUGAUAUUUAUGGAGCACGCUCUGGGAGCAAGGAGGCAGAUCCUGGCUAGGAAGAACCGGCUCCAGAGCCUUCCUAUGAGAACUCUGGAGGGGUUCGGCAGGUACUCCAACACCAUCUGUGUAGACGAGCAGCUAAUAGGGCGGCGAAAUGAGCUGAAACAAGCUGCUAGAAGGGUAGUAAAGCAAGGCAGACUGCUGGACACGUGGGUCCUCAAUGGUAACGUGUAUGUCAGAGACAACCAGAGGAGGAAACACCUGCUGGAGUCGCAGAAGGCACUGGAGACUGUGCUUAGUGUGGACUGAGCAUUUGUGACCCGGUAUUAUAGAACUGUUAUAAUACGGAGUUAAAUUCCAUUAAGCGAUGAAUAGUGACACUUGUACAGACAACCACUUUUAUUAGCUUGUUGCUACGUAUUGAGCGCGGACUUUUUGUGAGUUAUAGGUAUUGUAGUAGUGACUAGUGGUGUUGCUUUUCAUUGCAGAAAAUA